AUGGGUUAAUUCAUUAAGGUGUUGAAGAAUGUUAUUAAUUUGACUUAGAUUUAAUUAUUUGGAACAUUCAUAGUGUUUUAAGUAUUAGUAUUUUUAGUAUACUUUAUAGAAUUUAAUCCAGUAUUAGAAUGAUUAGAGAUGUUUGGAGAAUCCUAGGAUUGAUUAUUAUCAUGUAAUUAAAUGACAUAUUAAAGAUUAAAUAAAAUGAAGGACAGAUUGGAAAUAUGAUGCAAUUACAAGAGUAGUGA